CAGUGGCAUUGCGAUGACGCAUUAGCCCCGCCUCUUUCUGGAAGCUAGCUGUCAUGUGAUUUGUUUGUUGGCGAUCUGCUGUACGGAGCCACAUAAUUUCGUUACGGUGACAAAUCGGGUAAUUCCCCCUUUCCCCCCUCUGUCCUCCUCUCUCCGCCAUGGACGAGACGAGCCCGCUAGUCUCUCCGCUUCGCGAUUCCAACGAUUUCAGCUACGGUCCCGCCGAGCCGACCAGUCCCCGGGGCGGAUUUGGAGGGACGCCGGGCUCCGUGGUGCGUCUGCCGGCCGGGAGUCCCGGACGCAGCCGCGAGCGACAGCCGCUCCUGGACCGAGACCGAGGCGCGUCGGCCCGCGACCCUCACAGGAACGAGUUCCCGGAGGAUCCGGAGUUCAGAGAGAUCAUCCGGAAGGCGGAGCGGGCCAUCGAGGAGGGCAACUACCCCGAGCGCAUCUAUCAGGGCUCCAGCGGCAGCUACUUCGUCAAAGAUUCAGCAGAGAAGAUCAUCGGCGUCUUCAAACCAAAGAACGAGGAACCGUACGGCCAGCUGAACCCCAAGUGGACCAAAUGGCUGCAGAAGCUCUGCUGUCCGUGCUGUUUCGGCCGGGACUGUCUGGUUCUGAAUCAGGGCUACCUGUCAGAGGCCGGCGCCAGUUUGGUGGACCAGAAACUAGAGCUCAACAUCGUGCCGCGCACAAAGGUGGUGUAUUUAUCAAGUGAGACGUUUAAUUACAGCGCCAUCGACCGAGUAAAGUCUCGAGGAAGCCGUGGUUUACAAUUCUUGUACCUUUACAAACACAAUUUUUUGGUUCAAAUCAAGGUUUAUAAUGUGGUGGGCUCAUUCCAGCUUUUCGUAGAGGGGUAUAAAGAUGCUGAUUUCUGGCUGCGCCGGUUCGAGGCGGAGCCUUUACCAGAAAACACUAAUCGCCAACUCCAGCUACAGUUUGAGAGACUGGUGGUGCUGGAUUACAUCAUCAGAAACACAGAUCGAGGAAAUGACAACUGGCUCAUCAAAUAUGACUGUCCGAUGGAUAUAUCAAGCAACCGGGACAGUGACUGGGUGGUGGUGAAGGACCCCAUCAUUAAACUGGCAGCCAUUGACAAUGGUCUGGCCUUCCCUCUCAAACACCCAGAUUCAUGGAGAGCCUACCCAUUUUACUGGGCUUGGCUGCCCCAAGCGAAAGUUGCAUUUUCCCAAGAGAUCCAAGAUUUAGUUCUGCCCAAAUUAUCCGACCCGAACUUCAUCAAAGACCUUGAAGAAGAUCUAUAUGAGCUUUUUAAGAAAGACCCGGGUUUCGACAGAGGACAGUUCAAGAAGCAGGUCUCAGUAAUGAGGGGUCAGAUCCUGAACCUGAGUCAGGCGCUGAGGGAGGAGAAGACCCCGCUGCAGCUGGUGCAGAUGCCGCCGGUGAUCGUGGAGACGGCACGAGCGCCGCAGCGAGCCAACAGCGAAUCCUACACACAGAGCUUCCAGAGCAGAAGACCCUUCUUCACCUGGUGGUGAUGUGGGCUUGCAUGCGUGUGCACAGCCUGGUUUUAGUUGCGUUGUUCGGUGGGAUUUCGGGAACAAACAAGAGUAGCAAUAACUGAUGACAAACACAUAAUUCUGAAGGAAAGCAUUGCCUUGUUUACUGUUACACUGUAUGAACACACACAGCCGCGUUCAGAAUGACCUGCAUGUCGAUAAGGCGAUGAAGGAGAAACUUUCUGCUUGACGGCUGUGCGGCACGCUGCUCAACUGCAUCAUUCGUGAGUGUUUUCUGGUCAGGGUUUUCUUGUGUUAGUUUCGUUUUUCGUUGAAAAGUCACAUUCUCUCCUGCUUUUUUUUUUUUUUUCAUUAGCAUUAUAUUUUUCUCUUUUUUUUUUUUUAUGCUCGCAUGUCUGCCGUUCAUAACCUGGAGGCGGAGUCACCUCGGCGCUCUACUGAGCGCGUGCAGAAACACUGGAACGUUCCAUUCUCGCAGUGACAUCAUUCUUUUUGUUCGUUGUUUGAUUUCAUUUGAAAAUUGAAGAUUUUUUUUAACAAUGCAUUCACAGGUGUCAACAAAACUGACCUUAAAACGUGACAAUGAACUGUAUGAUUUGUAUGUAAUGUAUUUAAUGAAAGCUGCUAAAAUUAUAACCGUGCGGUACUCAAUAAAAGAAAAGACUCAGGUUUUAUUUCAAAAGCAGUUUAAUUGGAAGUUCCAGCUUAAUGGCGAGGAGAAAAAUAACUUGUUCUUGUGCAUGUAUUAGUGUUCAUUGAUUUCGGCUACAUGUUUUCAUCCAUAUUGCUUGUAACUGUCUGUCUGACAGAAGAAGACGUUAAAUAAUCAACACUAAUAGUGUCCAGCAUACAUCUGCAGGUGAUACUACGUAUGCAUCGUUUACAUAUUACCACAGACUAUUUGUAUCUAAAACAACACUAAUGAUUUGAAGAGAACUGCAGUAAAUGCAAAUACAUUCUUUUAUAUUUUUUAGAUAUUGACCAUUAAACACCACUGGAAGGCAGAAUGCUCCCUGAAGAUGAGGACUAUUGAGAAACUAGUGUUUUGGAACCAAAUACAAGCGCAUAUCAUUAAAUAACAGAAACCCAGCACUCUUCGGCCCCGUACAUAUAUUAUAAACGAAACAAAAAAGCUGAUAGGGCUCUGGAAGCAUCUAUGAGACUUAAAUCAAUGCAUUUAAAGGAACAGAUCGCCACCCAAAAAACUAAGAGAAUCUUGUAAUUUGCUCACCCACGUGUUGUUCCAAACCACUAUGAUUUUCUCUUUUCAGUAUAAAAUAAUUACAAUGAGUAUAAAUGCAGUGACAGUGAAUGG